AUGGCGGCACCAGACGUGGAAAGCCAGAAUGAAUACGAUGAGAGCGGCCUUCCGGGCCCAGGAGCACCAACUCCGCUGUCAUCACUGGAGGGAAUGGCUGGGUUGACCAGCCGAGAUAUAAAACUCUUCGUUGAUGCGGGCUAUAACACUGUCGAGUCAAUUGCGUAUACGCCGAAGCGGUUACUCGAGCAAAUAAAGGGUAUCUCGGAGCAGAAGGCCACUAAGAUCCUGGUUGAGGCGGCGAAACUUGUCCCGAUGGGCUUUACAACGGCUACAGAGAUGCACGCCCGGCGAAGCGAACUUAUCUCUAUCACCACGGGCUCUAAGCAGCUGGAUACUCUUCUGGGAGGCGGAAUCGAGACCGGGUCCAUCACGGAGAUUUUUGGCGAGUUCAGAACAGGAAAGAGUCAGAUUUGCCAUACUCUAGCCGUUACAUGUCAGCUGCCCUUUGAUAUGGGUGGCGGAGAAGGAAAGUGUCUGUAUAUUGAUACCGAGGGGACGUUCCGGCCGGUGCGUCUGCUGGCUGUUGCGCAGCGGUACGGUCUCGUCGGUGAGGAGGUCCUGGACAAUGUGGCCUAUGCUCGAGCAUACAACUCCGAUCACCAACUGCAACUACUUAACCAAGCCUCUCAGAUGAUGUGUGAGACCCGGUUUUCUCUCUUGGUUGUCGAUUCAGCUACCUCUCUUUAUCGAACCGAUUUCAACGGUCGUGGUGAGCUGUCAACGCGACAGACGCAUCUGGCAAAGUUCAUGCGUACCCUGCAACGGUUGGCCGACGAGUUUGGUAUUGCGGUUGUCAUCACGAAUCAGGUUGUUGCCCAGGUUGACGGUGGGCCAAGUGCGAUGUUCAACCCCGACCCCAAGAAGCCAAUUGGUGGUAAUAUCAUUGCGCACGCCAGUACAACGAGAUUGAGCUUGAAGAAAGGAAGAGGCGAAACCAGAGUUUGCAAGAUCUAUGACAGCCCUUGUCUUCCGGAGAGUGACUGUCUCUUCGCCAUCAAUGAAGACGGCAUAGGUGACCCGAGCCCAAAGGAUCUGGAGAAUGAUUGA